GUUGCUUGUUGGCUCUGUAUUGAAUGGAAUUGCUUAGGUAUACCUCUGCACUGACUGAAACAGCCGUCGACUUCCCCGAAAAAAAUGAAAAUACCAUCACACAGGUACCUUCUGCGCAAACAAAAACGCUGCAUCAACAAGGGAUGUCAAAUACAUAACAUCAUCCAACCUGCCGAUGAGAUCAGAAAUGGUACACCGCUGGUAAGUUCCAAGGCUGCGCUCUCCAAAAAGUGUCUGGGCGUUGGUGCGUCGUAAGGCACUGUACGCUUUACUUGGCAUCCAUUCUUAAACCAGCGUACAUACAAACAUUACUGGGAGAGAUACCAGAACUGAAGGUAAUCAUCGGUGUGGCUCAUCAGGAACAAUGCAGCUAGCGGGACCCCGAGGUUUCACCGGCACAGUUCGCAAGACAGAGCCGGUCAGAUGGACAUUGUUACCCGUGGCGUGCUUGCUCCUUUUGCUGAUCGCGGACCCUUCACGCGCAGAGAACGAGGACACUUCUCUUAAGCCAAGCAUUCCCCCCAAGAAAGACCAUCAGCAGCCCAGGCACGAUAUGUUCGUCGUUGGAUCUACCGCCAUCAUAGAAACGGAACAGUCACAGGCCUGCGCCAAACGAACACAGAACAGCCCUCUUUUCGUCAGGGACUUUAAGCGGUGUCUGUUGUCGACUGCCGCGUCACAGGGAGCCGAAAGAAUAGCCAGAAGUGUGAUCGGGGUUGGGUCGACGACUGUUCCAGAAACCAAGAAUUCUCUGCACUGCCUUGGAAUCUCGGAAGUACCCGAGAAGUUUUGGAAAUGCAUGAGAAAGAUCAGAAAGUCGACGACCACAAUAGCUCCCGGCAUGCCUUGGUUCAACAGCAUCGAUGCGCAUACUCUUCUGUCCAAAUUCGUCGGUGACACAGCGGUUCUGAGGUGCACGGUAGAGAACAAGGGAGAUAGAGAUGUGUCUUGGAUGAGGACGGGACCGCAUGCGGACGUCAUCUUCGUGGGAGAUGCGAUGUUCCAUUCUGAUAGCAAAUACAAAAUUGAAACGGACAACAAUCGCACGUUCCACCUGCGCAUCGAGCGACUGACCCGAGCUGAUAACGGGACGUACGCCUGUAUUGUCAACACGAAGCCUCCCAUAUCGUGGAAUGUCAGUCUCCAGAUUGUUUCCGUUGCAACUGUAAAGGACGUCCAGCAGGUGUCGCCCACAGUCGCGGAAAACAAGAAGCGUAUGUUCGUUUUUAACGAGUCCGACAUCGUGGAGCUGAAAUGCAUUGGCGAGGGCAUCCCGGCAGCGGGGCUGACGUGGAUUGGUCCAACGGGCGAGCGAAUGGGUUACACAACGUUGCGCAUCGACGGUAUCAACCGCACCCAGGAUGGCGAUUACAGAUGCGAAGCUGACAACGGCCUCAAUGACGUCCCAGAUGUCCGUUUCGUUACCAUCAAAGUCAACUACAUGCCAGAGAUCCGUUUGUAUCAGACAGACGUCGAAAUCCGCAAGGCUGUGGGCGGAUAUGUGAAAAUGAUUUGCAGGGCUGAUGCCUCGCCGCGGGUCACAUUCACAUGGAGGAAAGACGGCGUGCUGGUACCGCCGUCCUCAAGGAUUACCAACCGGCAGCAGCAGACAAUGAUCCACAUAAGUUGUGAUGUUGAUACGUCUAGCUUGGUUAUUGUGAGUAUCGAGCCGCACCACUACGGCGUGUACACGUGUGAAGCAACCAACCUGUUGGGUACAGCACAGGCGAACAUCACUCUGAAUGGGAAGCCGUUAUCCCCAACCAUCAUUAGUGAUUCCGUGGGCACACGAAAGCACACCUUCAAGUUGACAUGGCUACAACCGAGCAACCAACCUCCUAACCACCCAGGGACCAUCCCGGUCAAUUACUACAAAGUCAUGUACCGAGGCUGGUGGAGGCAGUCCACUAAGGAUCGCAAAAAGGUGUUUUCCCUGGAUGAUGAGGCAAACAUGUUGGAGGAAAUCAUCUAUCCGGACCCCAAUAAAGUCAGGCAGAUUUGCAGUCUUCAUGACCUUCGACCCAACGCAACCUACGCCCUGCAGCUGUACGCCGUCAACGACCAGGGUGAGAGUGACCCGGUCAAUUUUACAUUUUACACAGCCUUGGCCAGAGCCGACUACAACGGUACAGAAGACGAAGUGACAACUUCUAACGAAGAUGCUACAGGUCCGCUUCCAAUGCAACCAAAAAAUCAAAAUCUAGAACCGAUCCGUGGUGAACGCAUUUGGACUCCACCCGAUUCAGCUGCCCCCCAAAGCACGCCCUCAAUGGCAAUGGUACUGACCAUGUCGAUCUCUCUGGUGAUGGGGCUACAUUGCAGGGAAGUCUAUAAAUGAGACCAGCCCAGUUCCUGUCUCUGUUGCCAUGACAGUUAAGAUGGAGGAGGUGCGCCCUCUGGGGCGUAAAAUAAUAGGGUCAUUAAAUCCGGCACAAGAAUAUUGCGAUGCCUGUGAAAAAAAGCGAGAGAUGAAGUAAUUAAACAGACAAUUAUUUGCACCGAUCUAAUUUGACUGCAUGUUUUGUUCUUAGAAUCUGUUCUCUCUUUUGCACAAAAAACUUGAUGCACUGACAUUGUUGGCGGGUUGACACGCAUGAAAUUUAAGAGGGCGCACUCAUUAAUCACUGGCUGUUUUAGAUAAUUAUGCUGCUUACAGAAUUUCCAUCUUGAGAUAAUUCUCAUUUUUGUACAGUUGCGUAAAUCUCAGAGAAUAUUAUGUAAUAGCCAUCUACAUUGCUGUGUGUAUAAACAGAGUUUAAUCUACCUUAGAUAAUAGCCAAUCUGAACGAUUUUCUAAGUUUUGUAAAUUGCAAACUUUAUGUGUUUAAUUAUAAAAUAGGCUAUGCAAAGUUGAGUAGCAAUUAUCAGGGUAGUUUUGGAAUUAUAGGAAUACAUACCGACCAGAGAAAUGCCGAAUGUUAGUCAUUUUCUCUCCCAGCUCCGACAAAGUGCUUACUUGAUUUCAAACUCACUGGCAGGGUGAGUGUUGUAGUUCUAGCAUUCGUACUUGGGCUCAUACUCAGGUAUAUGUCUUUGGCAAUCGUACCCACGAAAAUGUAUUAGGUGUCGUGCCAAAAGUACCCGUGCUUAUGAAAUUAUGUGCUCAACUCUAGUGACUGUAAUCGACAAUAACUCCAUGCACGGUUUCCGUAAUUUCUUUCAUUUGCUGAAAGUACCCAUGAAGGCAAGGACACGCUCACAACUUACAUUGUGUCACAGCCAGAAGAAAAUAAUCUAACUGCAUGAGUCUUGGCUCCUAUAUGUGGCGUGUUUGUUUAUAAUCAAACAUGCCUCAACUUCCCAGCUAAUACCAAAUUGGAAAAAGUGGUCAAGCGUGCAAGAGUUACCGUUUGACUCUAACAUUUAUCACACUUCACGUAAUCUGUCCUGAACAUAACUAACACUCGAUACCGGUGUCAAACUUUUUCUGGUACGUACAUUUCAGUCAAAUGACAGUUCAAUGAAACUUUACGGGGAAAACAAAGAGAAAGUAAGACUUGCAUUUCAGAAAACUGUCAUUUUCACUUUCAAGCACUUUCCAGAAUUAUUUUAUCUUCACUAGUGUUUUAAAUCAAUUAAUUAAAUUAACAGAGUUGUGUUUGGACUUACAAAAGGUUGUAGCGGUGUAGUCAUGUCACUAAUCGUACUCGUACUCGAGCUCUUUUGGCUACUCGCACUCGCACUCAAGAUAAUGUACUUAUACUCGCAAGAAACAAAUCACACUUUAACGCAGGGUGCAGUACCUCAUGAAAAUGUACUCCAACACGGUUGCAAGUAAUAAACCUUACCAGGUCCACAGCCAAAGGUAGCUCCUGAUCGGAGGCCAGCAGCUAUUGGAAAUGCCCCUUUACACGAGGAACUGGGUACUUGCUUUCCUGUCUUGGAGUAUAACACAUCCAUGUUCCCAGACCAGAGAAAAUGGACCUUGGCCGGGGGCGCUAUUCCAGUAAUGGGAAAAUAUGCCGACCAAAAUAAGAUUCUUUCGACCAAUGCACAGGCUGAGGCGUUGCUUUGUAACAUAUCUGUUUAUAAGGGCCAGCCUUCAGCACCGUGUCCACAUGUACAACCCGAAAAAAAUCUACAUUGAAUUGUCUGAACAUAAUAUUCUGGACAUCGAGCACUCUCCUUUCUUGCCUGCAGUGUACUGAGGUGGACUCUGGAAUAAGCGAUUUUCUUGUUAAUCUUGAUGCUGUGAUAAAGUUAGAUGUCAUGCCAACUCAAGGCGUCAUGUGGCUGUUGGCGCCAAAGUGGCAUUUAAUAGGGAAUGACUGUCAAACAAUUCAUUAAAGUAUCCACGUUAGCACAAUGCUUGUAUAAAUAUGUAUACUUCGUAUAAUAGGAACAAAGAAAAUUUACAAAACAAUGCAUUCUGGGUAAUUUUAAUGAUUCCUGUAAAAUAACGUAAUCUGUAAAUUGGCUGUUCCUUGUUUCCUACAUUUUAUUUCGAGACAUUUUUUGAAAUGUGAGCAUCUGAUGUGCUACAAACAAAGCCGGUGGUAUCAACUGAGAUGCAACAUCUAACAGUGUGCUUUAGUGCUGAUUUAGGCCAGAUUGCAGGGUUCAAACUCGCAUAAGAAUUAAAAAGCACUACGUGCAAGCUAUCUUGUUUAUCUGUACGUCAUUCUUCUGUGUGUCUGAUAAAGGCAGUACCAAAAAACGGUUUUCUUCAGGCCUAUAGUAAAUAAUUGUGGUGAGCUAGAAGUCAAAUGUCAUAUAUCAGAAGUUAAGACAGUGCUAACUUUGAGCAUGGAAAACAGUUCACCCUAUCAUCCCAAAUGAGUACGGUAUGACCUUAGACUCUUUAGAUUGUUCUGGGCUUUCGGGCUUGGGUUAUUUAUUCAUUUAUUUUUAUCAUUUUGGACUUCUCCACGUGGUUGUUGAAUGUUUCACUGCUUUACUCUGAUUACCUUCUUCCCGUUUGUUUGUUCUUCCCCCUGAACCCUUAAACGUUGUUUACAUUUUUCUGUUCUCUGCUUUAAGGGAAUUACAUUUUAGAUAUACAUCAACAAGGUAGUGAUCACAUUCUAUUUCUUCUGAGUUCAAGUGUCAAACUGGAAAAAAAAACCUUCAAUUUGAGUCAGAAUUUGUGUCUUUAGAGACAGCCCUUGUUUGACGUCAUGGCACGAUUUGUUAUUGUCAAAGGCUGACCCAAGCAUGGUCUGCGGGACUGUGCCGGUCACAUAGAUAGCGAGAGUUCAGUUGGUCCUCAUUUUCUCCUGGACACAAGUAUUGUUAUUGGUUAACCAAGCAGAAUACAGACGUCAGCUACCGGUA